GCGCGCCGGCGGCAGGACCAUGGUUGAGCGCGCCAGCAAGUUCGUGCUGGUGGUGGCGGGCUCGGCGUGCUUCAUGCUCAUCCUGUACCAGUACGCGGGCCCGGGGCUGAGCCUGGGCGCGCCCGGCGGCCGCGCGCCGCCCGACGACCUGGACCUCUUCCCCACGCCUGACCCGCACUACGAGAAGAAGUACUACUUCCCGGUGCGUGAGCUGGAGCGCUCGCUGCGCUUCGACAUGAAGGGCGACGACGUGAUCGUCUUCCUGCACAUCCAGAAGACCGGCGGCACCACCUUCGGCCGCCACCUCGUGCAGAACGUGCGCCUCGAGGUGCCCUGCGACUGCCGGCCAGGCCAGAAGAAGUGCACCUGCUACCGGCCCAACCGCCGCGAGACCUGGCUCUUUUCCCGCUUCUCCACGGGUUGGAGCUGCGGGCUGCACGCCGACUGGACCGAGCUCACUAAUUGUGUGCCCGGCGUGCUGGACCGCCGCGACCCAGCCGCGCUGCGCACGCCCAGGAAGUUCUACUACAUCACCCUGCUGCGAGACCCCGUGUCGCGCUAUCUGAGCGAGUGGCGGCAUGUCCAGCGGGGCGCCACGUGGAAGACGUCACUGCACAUGUGUGACGGGCGCACACCCACGCCCGAGGAGCUGCCGCCCUGCUAUGAGGGCACGGACUGGUCGGGCUGCACGCUGCAGGAGUUCAUGGACUGCCCCUACAACCUGGCCAACAACCGCCAAGUGCGCAUGUUGGCCGACUUGAGCCUGGUUGGCUGCUACAACCUGUCCUUCAUUCCUGAGGGCAAGCGGGCCCAGCUGCUGCUGGACAGCGCCAAGAAGAACCUGCGCGGCAUGGCCUUCUUCGGCCUGACCGAGUUCCAGCGCAAGACGCAGUACCUGUUCGAGCGGACGUUCAACCUCAAGUUCAUCCGGCCUUUCAUGCAGUACAACAGCACGCGGGCGGGCGGUGUGGAGGUAGACGAAGACACCAUCCGGCGCAUCGAGGAGCUCAACGACCUGGACAUGCAGCUCUAUGACUACGCCAAGGACCUCUUCCAGCAGCGCUACCAGUACAAGCGGCAGCUGGAGCGCCGGGAGCAGCGUCUCAAGAGCCGCGAGGAGCGCCUGCUGCACCGCGCCAAGGAGGCGCUGCCGCGGGAUGACGCCGAGGAGCCGGGCCGCGUGCCCACCGAGGACUACAUGAGCCACAUCAUCGAGAAAUGGUAGUGGCAGCAGCUGUGGGGCUUCUUAGGGGCGGGGCCGAGUGGGAGGGACAGACCAGCACACACAGGCCCACCCAAGACUGUCCUGGGGAGAGUCUCACACCUACAGGGCAGAAGGUAAAUGCACCCUGAGAAAAACAGUGGGAAGGGUGGACGUAACAGGGUGGCUCUCACUGUUUCUCCCAGGCCGGUCUGAGGAAGCAGCUUGAACAGUCUGAGGGAAGUGGGCAAGGAUGCCUCACAUGGCAGGGCCCUGGGUGGGCCUCGACCCUGCUCUCCUGGCCCCCAGGUCACUGUCACAACAGCCACAGGUCUGAAAAUGAGAUAGGCAGUGGAGAGUGGACCUUCGGGGCCAGCAGUGAGCCCCAGACCAACUAUGCACACACCGCUCCCUCUCGCCCGCUCUGUCCUUGCCAGCAGGGUUAGAGAUCAGCUCCAAGCACCUUUCCUGCUCCAGGCCACCCUGCAGCCCCGUAGCCUCUGGUGGCCUAGAAACACACGCCACCCUUUGAGGGGUCCUCAGAACCAGAGCUCCCCUUCCACCUGUAGCUGACCAGGAGGUCAGGGCUACUUGUCUGAGGCAGAGAAGACCCGAGUCCAGCCUGAGAAGCCCAAUCCUCCCUGCCCACAGUCAUGACCCACAGUCUAGCUUCAUGUUUUGGGUCUGAGACCAAAGCAGACUAGGGGUGCUCAGGCCAUUCCCCCAUCCUCAGACUGCGGAGGCUGUGGGGAAAUGGGUCCCACACUACACCACCCCCUUCUGUGGGCUGAGCACCAUGACUGGGGUACUACCACCUGUGUCCAAGCCUCCCCCAACUGGCCUUUGGGGUGACUGCCAGGCAGAGCAUGCUCAGAUAGGAGGGAAGUGAGGACCAAGAACUCUCUCUGCCUUUGCGAUCCACUGGGAUUUGAGAGCAGAAUGCCCCCAGCCCCAGCACUGGGGCAUUCAAGGGCUUGAAUACCUCAGCUCCCACAAUCCAUGUGUAGAAGUCUGAUCUAGAUUCCUUGCGCUGGAGUGUGGACUCAGCUGCUACCCAUGAGCCACACCAGGGCCACGGUGGUUCUGGGAUGGGGACUCAGACCUUCGGGUUCUCACCUGAGGUUGAAAGGAGCUCCUCUGUUGCCCAGACACCCAGGCCUCCCUACCCAGCUCUCCCUGUAUCUCCCUGUUCCCCGCCCCUUGUGGCCAGCCAGGCCUGUUCCCUGCAGCCCGCAGGCCAGCCGUGGCCCUACCAGAAGCCAUGCUGCGUAUCCGUUCUAAGUGCUUGCCCUGGGCCUCGUCCCCAGGCGCUCCAGGAGGCACACCCGAGCUGCAGGUGCCCUGGGCUCUGAGCAGGUACACGUGCCCAGAGGCUGAAGGCUGUCGCAGAGGCAGGGCCAUGGGCACUGCAGGCCACCUGGUGAGUUUAGUGAGGCCAGGGGCCUCUUCCUGCCCCAGGUGUCACUCAGCCAUCCCACCGUGGAGUGAGUCAUCACAGGUGGCAUGAGGCCUAGACCUCUGCAGCACGGAAGAGCUCAGGUGCCGCCAAGUGAGGCUGCUCGCCAAGCAGAGGCAGCUUGUCCCCUCAGCCCCCUACACUAACGCCUCACCUUGGGGUCCAAGGGAAGGGCAUGAGCAGACUAGGGGCACCGUGCCAGCCCUGCAGGGCCACCUCCCAGGGUGGGUGUUACACAAGGCCAGCACAAUGAUGUGACUCUUUCAAAGGGGGGUCAAGGUCAGCGUAGGGGGCUGUGUUCUAACACUCGUCACUGGGGCAGGCAAGCUCCCAGGAGGAGGGUGGAAUGUGUCCGGGGGACCCCUAGGGUCUUGCACAAGCCAUGUGGGCACCAUGGCCUCCUGUCAGGAGGUGGGCACCCAGCCAGCGACUGGCUCCAGGUGGCCCCUCGUCACCAUGGGUUUCCUGUGUGCACGGGCUAAGCAUAGGAUCUGUUUUGUACAUAUUGGGAUGUGUUGUAACUUAUGCCCCGCUGCCCCAACUCACACGGAAGCACGGGUCUCUCCUUAUCUCUGCUGCAUUGGGGAAGGAGUUCCGUCUUGGGCUAGCACCAGGCCGAGGUGCCCAGAGAUGGCAGCAGCUGGCAGUGCCCUUGGCCCCUGAGUGUCUAGCUGGCACUUCCUACUCAUGCCGCCUGUGGCAGGGCACAGGUUCCUUGCUACACAGCAUCUCCUAGGAUGCCCUGGGCCAGGGCCUUCCCUCUCUGAGGACUCUGCCUACCGGGACCCUGCCUGGGCCUGAGAGGACAGCAGCCAGUGUUCUGAGAUGAUACCGCAUUGCCAGGCAGCCACAGGCCUGUAAAUGUCCUCUCCUGGAGCGGAUGCCAGGGACGGCAGAAUCAUCCGAGCUGUGAGUUUGAACUGGAAGUGUUUAACUUGAAUCCAGGAGCAUUUAAAGCUUUAUUUAUUUAUAGCUUCUUAUUAAAAAAAAAAAAAAAAAGAAAAA